AAGAGUGACCUUUUCAAAGAUGCACUUCUUUAUGCAACAGAUGAAGCAGUUCUAGAAGAAACCAUAAGAAACUCCUCUGUUAUUGACUGGAAGAAGCACCUUUGUCUUGGAACCAGUCUGUCCCAYAUGGAGAUAAUCAGAGCAGUUGCGUCAGAAAAGAAUGUGCUUUUCGACCAACUGGCCGUUUGUCACAAGAUGCUGCUGCAGGAUGUAGCCAAGCUUCCCUGCAUAGACAGCUCGGGGCUGUCGCUGAGCUCCCUGGWUGAAUCGCACCUCGGUUUGGUCAACCACAUGUGGAAGUUUGGGAAAAACCAGGGGGCUGCGGCGAUGAUCCGUAACAUGAUUGUGAACUUUCCCUCCUGCUGCGUGCUGGACGCUGACGGAAAGCCGGUGUCCUGGAUUCUGACGUACRCGUCGUGCGCCAUGGGAAUGUUGUACACUCUGCCCGAGCACAGAGGGAAAGGCUACGCCAAGGUCCUGAUCAGCAGCAUGGCCAAGAGACUCCACGCUCAGGGCUACCCGGUGUUCUGUUUCAUAGAGGAGGAGAACCGGACCUCCUACCAGCUCUUUACAAGCAUGGGCUUUACUGAAGACCCCUCAUACAGAGAAACCUGGUUUGUCCUCAAUAAUAAACACUUUGACUGUUAAGUUUCCUAAAAUGAUUACAGUCAAAAAGUGAUUCUAUUAAAAAACAUGGAAGUUGAAGAAAGUUGGAAAUCACAUGCCUUGAGUUAAAACAACUGAUACAGACCAUGAUGCGGAAGCAGGUUUUUUUUACACAUCUUGUAAUUUUUCAUUAGAACGUGACGAUGUGCUUGAUCUGAAAUGAAAAAAAAAAAAAGCAUAUAUCUUAGUGUAAGUGAUAAACUGAUGGGUGACAAAUAAAAUAAAAGAUUUGUAAAAA